ACAAUUUUUUGACAUUCCCCUACAAAUCAAUGGUAGCCCUAAAAUCAAUAACAAAAUAAUUACAACAAAAAUGUCAGAUUAAUAAUAAUCUUUAGAAAAAUAAUGUCCAUACAAUAAGCAAAUAGUACCUAAGUCUACUUAUAGAAAUUGUAAUAUCUCAUACUAUGGAGAUUUGGUACUAAAACAGGAAGAUGGAACAACUGAUGACAGUACAGGAGAGUUACGUGGAACGAAGGCGACUGUUCAAAGACAUUUGGGAUACGGCCAUGAACAUUGAUGUGAAGGAAGAGGAGUUUCUGAAUAAACCGAAAGUUAUCAAAACACUUCGCUUGGAUGAGGUGGACCGUUGCGUCGCAGGAAAAAAGAAGACACAGAAAAUAAAGAAUUUAAGAACUGUUUGUAAUAAGAUCCUUGACUUUUGUGACCGGCAGGACGCUGAUGACAUAUUCUAUGAACAGAUGGCAGCAGAGCAUAAUAAUGUUCCAGCACAACAUAAAAUAGAAAACAAACUUAAAAAAAAUAAACCUACUCGUAUAAGGAAGAAGGUAAAAAUAACAAAAAGUUUGUUUUCAUCUGGUAAAAACUUAACGCAACCAAGAGCCGCGACAUCGGAAAGAAAAGAAGAAUUUAGCGCUGACUACGGCAAUAAAACUUCUAGAAAUACGUCACCUAUCAAAUUUCGACAUGCGAUAGUCUUCAAAAAGCCGCUUCUGCCAGCGAAAAAUGUUCCUAAAUCAAUAACGGGCCCUGCGAAUAAAAACACAACAUUACUUUACCCGUUUGGAGAUACAAGUAGUCUUAAUAAAGCAGGAAAUAAAAAAAAUAGCAGACAUAAAAAGAUAUUGAAUAUCAAAUUAUCAACUCCUACAGGAAAAUUACAAUAGUUAUGUUUAUUCGUAGCAACCAAUUUAACUAACAAAUUAAUAAAUGCUAUAUC